AUGAGACCGUUAAAAUCGACCGAUGUGGAUAAAAAUAUCGAAAAGCGACGGUUGGUGGACGAAUUGCACGCACCGGCGAGAAGAAAUUUUCCCCGCAGACACGUCAUAGUGCGAGGGUACGACGACCUGUGGCAAGCUGAUAUCGUCGAGAUGCGUCCGUACUCGCGUUUCAACGGAGGCUACCACUACAUACUCACCGUCAUCGAUGUGUUGAGCAAGUACGCGUGGGCCGUGCCGCUCAAAGGUAAAGAUGGCAGCGAGACAGCUGACGCUAUCGCUGAGAUAAUUCGAGAUAGCGGGAGAUGCCCUAGUAAUCUACAAACCGACAUGGGGAAGGAAUUUUACAACGACGUGCAACGUCUCGCGAAAAAACACGACAUCAAUCAUUAUUCCACGUAUCGACUCUUGGCUACGGUGUACAGCGCUAUAAAGAUCGCGGGCCCGGCAAAGUUCAAAACGGGCGACUCGGUACGCGUCAGCAAAUACAAGACAAUUUUUGAGAAGGGUUACACGCCGACUUGGACCACCGAGGUGAUUAAGAUCGUUAAAGUGCAGCAUACCAAUCUCGUAACCUACCUACUCGAGGACUAUCGUGGAAAAUCCGUCGCUGGAGCGUUCUACGAGUACGAGUUGCAUCGCGCGACUUAUCCUGACGUGUAUCUCGUAGAGAAAGUACUGCGCAGGAGGGGCGACGAGGUUUACGUGAAAUGGCUGGGAUUCGAUGGAUCGCAUAACUCAUGGAUACACAAGGACAAUGUGAUUUAA